AAAAGGUUCCAUCUUCCUGUUUUCAACAUUAUUCUUAACACAACAACUGGCAAUGCCAUUGACUCCCACAUUUUCCUGUAUUCUUGGUUGCAUAAGAUUGCUUACUAACCGACUGUUUUAUGUUUUUUUUCCUAACACCUGUAUACUGUAUAAACGUAAUAAAUAAAUAUCAAAUCUAACUCCAUUAAAUAUCCAUUGGAUUUUCACAUUUAUUCCCAGUGCUGAUCGUGCAGAGAAGGCUUGCGGCGCUAUAGUGUAACAUCUCCGCAACAUGACAGCUUGGCGAGGGAAAGAAGGAGGGAAAAAUGCGAUUUUCCGCUCGGCCCCGGCGUACUCCAGAGAGCUAUGCUGGAUCCUGCUUUCGAGAGGCUGACACGGGAGGAAGUUGCAUUCACCAUUACUCCGUCUUGAAAAGAGAUUGAGAAAGCAGAAAAUACUUAAUCUACUCAGUCAGUGAUCAUCUUCGCAUUUUUAUGUCCUGCGUCCGCACCGAAAACUGAAAGGACUGUCGACUUUCGCCACCAUCAAACCAUAAUAAGCGUGAACUUUGGACGAUUCGAUCUAACAGUUUGGAAAUGUGCACCAAGUGCUGUAAUUCUCAGCUGGCCUGCUGCUGUGGUUAUGCCCCGUGCACCCUCUGCUGCGAGGCCUGUCCUAAUAUCAAGCAAUCGACAGGGACUCGAUUCAUGUAUGCCUUCUACUUCCUGUUGGUCACUGGCAUUUGCAUGAUCAUGAUGUCACCCACGGUGGAGAAGGAGUUGCAGGAUCAUAUUCCCUUCUACUCGGAAAUGUGCGGUAAGCUCCUUGCCGGGGAUAACUGUAAGGCGCUGGUGGGCUACUCUGCUGUGUAUAAGGUUUGUUUUGGGAUGGCCUGCUUCUUCUUCAUCUUCACCGUCUUCACCCUCGGAGUGAGCUCCAGCAAGGGCUGCCGCGCAGCUGUACACAAUGGCUUCUGGUUUUGGAAGUUCCUGGCACUGGUUGGCUGCUGUGUAGGAGGAUUUUUCCUUCCAGAUGAAGAGAAAUUCCUUGAAGUGUGGCGCUAUGUGGGUGCAGUGGGUGGGUUUCUUUUCUUGCUAAUCCAGCUGAUACUUCUGGUGGAGUUUGCACAUCGCUGGAACAACAACUGGGCGUCGGGCGUACGCUACAACAAGCUGUGGUAUGCCGCCCUGGCUCUGGUCACUCUGGUGCUUUUUUCCAUUGCUGUGGCGGCGCUGGUCUUCAUGAGCCUCUUCUACACGCAUCCCAAGGCCUGCUUCCUCAACAAGGUCUUCUUGGCGAUCAACGGAAGCCUCUGCCUUCUGGUGUCCCUGCUUGCCAUCUCGCCUUUUAUACAGAUCCAGUCCACCUCUGGCCUGCUGCAGUCGGCCGUCAUCAGCGUGUACGUCAUGUACCUCACCUUUUCCGCGUUCUCCAGCAAGCCCAUUGAGACGGUUAAGGAAAAGGACCUGAAUGUCACUGUCUGCACCUUCCCCUUAAACUCGGGCUUUGAGAGCGACAGCAGGAUAACCACGGCUGUGGGCACAGUCCUCCUCUUUGGCUGUGUGCUGUAUUCCUGUUUGACCUCCACCACCAGAGCAAGUUCAGCAGCUCUGGGAGUCAGCAGGACAACUCCACCAGAAUAUGAGAAGGCUCGCUGCUGUUUCUGCUUUGGUGAAGAUGAUCGAUACACUGCAGAGGAAGAGAAUGAGACAGAGAAGCGGCGUGGCAUCAAUGAUGAAAUUGAGGGCACCGUGUACAGUUAUUCCUACUUCCACUUUGUGUUCUUCCUUGGGUCGUUGUACGUCAUGAUGACUGUCACCAACUGGUUUCAUUAUGACAAUGCCAAGAUCGAGAAGCUUCUGGAGGGGAGCUGGUCAGUGUUCUGGAUCAAGAUGGCGUCUUGCUGGGUCUGUCUGCUGCUCUACACAUUGACUCUUGUGUCACCCAUAAUCUGCCCCAGGAGAUUCAGAGCCUGAAAUCCGGCUGUGGUAGAGCUAGCAUUUUUUCAAUGUUUGUUUAGAGGUCUUUGGAAUUCCUUUUGUAUAAUAUUUCAUUAAUAUAAAACCAAUUUCAGUCUGAAGAGGCCUAUGUUGUUAACAUGAGAACCGUAAGAAUCGGUCAAAUCCAGAAACAUAUGAUACAUCAGCACUUCUCUGUACUAGUGCCUGAGGCAGAAGGGCUUAGACCCUAUGUUGCUAUUGAACUAUUUUAUUCUAAUUAGAUCAAUUCAAUUUGUACGCAUAUAAUUUUUACUGCAAUGCUUAUUUUUUCUAACAGUUCUAAACAUCUGUCCAUCUUCUAGCUGCAUAUCCUGAUCAGGGGCCUGGAGCCCAGAUGAUUCUAAAUAUGAUACCGGAACAUUUUAGCACAAGGAACCUCCUGGAGCUUUGAUGUCAUUGUCCUCUUUUACUGUAGGUGCGGUAGAGUGGCUAAGCUACUGCAUUCUCCUUUAGUACCUACAAGUAAAACAUCCUGAAGCUGAAUAUCAAGCGGUUUAUAUAGGUAGAAUUUAAAACAAAUAAAUGCCCCCCUGGAUAAAAGUAUUUCACACAAACAAAGAGCUCUGCUGAGUUUUCUUUUUUGUCUCAGGGUUUAUUAGCAAACAGGAAUGAUUAUAUCUUGUGUUCUGAUUUUCAUGACCUCAGUGCUAAGAUAAUUCUGAGGGUCUUAGACUUUCUUAAUGAUUCAUACCAAGAAAUCUCAACAAAACAUUGUUGUGGUUUAAGAAGCCAUGAUAUUUUUGAGGCAAUUUGUUCAGUUGCAAUGUAGCCUUUGUUUUUAAGUAAAUAAUUUUAUUCGGACUUUUGUUGUAAAAUGCAUUUACUGGGAACAAUUAAUUAUGCAAAAAAACAGACUUUAAUGGGAAAUUCCACCUCAUCCAGCUUUGGAAAAAUAUUCAUCCAUCCAUGAUUUUCAAGUACACGCUUGUGGGAAAUACACAUAUUUAACAAUUGGGAUAUAAAAGAAGCGAAGUUUUGAGUUAUGGGUCCAUUAUUUUUUUUGUUGCUUAUUGUUAUUUAAUGCACUUUGGUACAAAGUGUAAAAAAAAAACAUUAUUUUUAUUAUCAUUUAGUCAUGAUAAAUAAGCUUUCAUGAUAUAGGGAAUAUUUUCAAUGUGUCAGUACUAGCAAAUACAAAAGAUUUAGUCAAAGUUCAACUUUUUUCUAAACUUUAUUGUUACAAAUUUUAAUGAGAAAGUCUUGCCAAUGGUUAUUACCAAAGGGUUGUAAUCAGGUAAAUUAAUAAAUAUUAUGCACUUAAGAUCUAUACAGUAUAAUGUCUGUGACAGAACAGUGACAGAAAUCUGUGAAAUAUAAACUGAUGUUCAGUGCAGUGCCUUGAAAAAUAGUUGGUUCUUUUUACACUUUGAAUCACAUUAGUGUUAAAUCAUUGUUUUGGCUUGUACAUUUUAAAAUAAAAAGUUGUCCGUUUAAAGACUGAGACCACAUUCACAUGUGAAUGAAGUUAAAUGUCAUGAGAAACCAAAACCAAAAAAUAUAUUGUUUAUCAAUUUUGUAUAGGCAGACGAUGGCCCAUGAUUCAUGUAAAUUCUGGAUUGUGACUGGAAUCAACAGGUUAAUCCACAAAAUUUCUUUAAUAGUUGGAUGCAUGUGCAGCUCAUUUCCGUUUUAGUUAUUGGUAUUUUAAUUAUAGGUAUUUAUUGGGUUCAGCCUGGUUUUCCUGUAAGAUUAUACUGUCACUUUUUCCUGUCUUGUUAAAGCUGCCCUGUUUCUGUUAUUGGCAGGCUUAGUCCAUAAAAUUAUGUUGCCACCGAUAUGCUUGAUGGGAUUGAAGGGGCAUGCUGCAUUUGUGCCAAAUGUGCGGCUUUCCGUUUUGUUGUAAAAGUGAAAAGUUUUCUUCAUCUGACCACUGAAACAUUAUGCCGUAAUUCUCCAUUAACGCAUAAUUGCUGUUCUGCAAACUCGCGUACAGCCUCAGUUGGUGGAAGUUAUAGAUUCAUGGGCAUUUCAGCUGCAUCCCUCUCUGUUCUGCUCCAUGCCAGACUGCUCAGUUAGAGGCAACAGACUGAGGUGUCAUGAUAACAUCUCCCGCUUUCUAUGGGCCAGCUUGCCUGAUAGUUACUGAAGUGUCUUUUAUUUACCUGUGCCUUUUGUACAGCAUUAUUGCUGCUUGCUGGUCUUCAUAGUUCAAUCUUGACUUUAAUGACCUGAAGAACCUCACAAAGGCCUGAUUUUUUUCUGAAAUCAUAUUAAUUAUUGUUAUUACAAUAAAUAAAGCCAUUGAACUGUGUGAGUUUACUCCCCCUCUUUCUGCGAGGAAUAUUCUAUAGCAGAAUUAUCAGUCCUUAAUUAAUCCUCACAUGAUUUCAAGCUCUGGAUUAUGUAUAACUGCAAGGAUGUUUUCCAUGAAAGUGUAACCUUGAUAUUACUAAUCAAUGUGUCAUAUUUUCCCGGUAAAACAUUUGUUUUCUUCAUUUUUUUGUCUUUUUCAUGAUGUGAUAAAUUAUGAAUAAGCACAGUAGUUGAUAUUUCAUAUAUGAAUUAUCCAAAUUAGUGAAAACAACUUGAUAACAGAUUUUUAAGUGUUCAUAUUUUCUAUUUGCAACUUCUAUAGCACUCUGUAUUGCCUAUGUAUUAUUUCUGUAUUUCUGCAUAUUUGUACAUGCUUUUAAAAUAUGUUGCUUUCUGAGAUUUUUAGUUGCAUGUUCAUAUUUGGCACUUGCAGAUGUCUGUAUCAGUACUGUAUCAAUUUAUCUGACAAACUUUUUUUUAAAUUACACAUUAUCAACGUGUAACACUUGUGUGUAGUGUGUAACAAAAAAUGUUGGGUAACGCUUUACAUUAACUGCACUUUCAUAAUACCUUUAAAAUGCAUUUGUAGAACAUUCAAUUCACCUUUAUAAUGCAUUCAUAGAACAUCCAUAAGAAGCAUUUAAGUAUACCGUAACAGCUGUAAUAACAAAAAUUACAUGAUAACAAAUAUUAUAAUUGUAUAAUGUUUAUUAUACUAUUUUGUUUGUUAUUAUCAUACAAUGUUAAUGUUAUUAAUGUGUAUUGCUGCUGUUAAGGUAGGUAUACUUACAUACUGCUUAUGAAUGUUCUAUGAAUGCAUAGUGAUUACAUAAUGAAGGUGCAAUUAAUGUGAAGUAUAACCAAUGUUAAUUACGCCUUUAAUGCUGCAAGGGUGAAUGUUAUGUAGAAAUUCGUAUCACAUCUGAAAUGUACAGAUACAAAUGUUUACCUAAUUAAAACAUUUUGCUAAUCUUGUUUAAA